AGAACAACUUGUGUUAUAAGAACACACCCCCCUUCAGCUUUUCCUAUGAGCUUUACUUUUUUUAAAUGACAAAUCAAGAAUUCCAAUUUGUACUUUUCUUUAACUAAAACAUCGACUUUCCUAAGAUGUAAAAUUCAUGUGUUUUUUUUCCCCUUUGGAAGUUACAUUUUUUUAACAUAACGUUUGUUUUUUGUCUUUAUUAAACCCAUGAGGUGUUUUCUUCGCUUGUCAGGUUUAAAUUAAAGCAGACCUCAGUAUCACGUCUCGUCCAUAAUAGCAACACGGAUCCGCUUUCGCGGACUGGAUCUGUAAACAGCUCGGUCCUUUCGACGGUUCCUCUCCGCCUACUUGAGGAGCUUAAAGACUUCUUGUUAUAGACAUAGACCUAUACAUAUUUUUAUUUAAAUAUCUAGUAUGCUUCCUGUGUCUUUUUUACUGGUCAUUUUCCCUCUUGCCGGCUUCUGGGCGGCUGCGCAAAGCGCCGCCGAACUCCAGAGCUUUUCCUCUCCCGGAGGCAGCGCCGGAUUCGAACCACCAGACCCAUGCAUGUUAGUGAAUCCACCAUGUUUGAGCGAGGCCGAUCGCUAUAGCCUGGAGGCCCUACGAAACAUCCACCAGAUGAUGGACGAUGACCAAGAUGGUGGGAUUGAGGUGGAGGAAAGCGUGGAGUUCAUCAUUGAAGACAUGAAACAGCAGCAGACUCACAAACACAGCAAGCUCCACAGAGAAGACCAGCACAUCACAGUGGAGGAGCUCUGGAAGGGCUGGAAGUCAUCCGAAGUUCAUAACUGGACCCAGGAAGAUGUGCUGCGCUGGUUGAAAGAGUUUGUUGAGUUGCCACAGUAUGAGAGGAAUUUCAAAGACUUUAAGGUCAAUGGAAACACACUGCCGAGGAUUGCAGCCAAUGAACCUUUAUUCCUGAGUUUUCAUUUGAAAGUUCAAGACCAGAGAGAUAAACAGAAGCUCACCAUCAAAGCUCUGGAUGUGGUUCUGUUUGGACCGCCUACACGUCCUCCUCAUAACUACAUGAAGGACCUGCUGCUCAUCGUCUCCGUUGUGAUGGGAGUCGGCGGGUGCUGGUUUGCUCAGGCUCAGAGCAAAGCCAGCAAGAUUCACAUCUCCAAGAUGAUGAAGGACUUGGAGAGCCUCCAGAGGGCUGAACAAAGUCUCAUGGAUCUGCAAGAGCAAUUGGAGCAAGCCCAGGAGGAGAAGCGUAAUGUGGCUGAGGAGAAACAGAACCUGGAGGAGAAGAUGAGAGACGAAAUAAUGGGGGCGCAGGAGGAAGCCCACCGGCUGCACAGGCUGAGGCAGGGAGCAGUCAGUGAGCUCAGCCGCCUUCGGUAUGCAGAGGAGGAGCUGGAACAGGUCCGGGGAGCACUGAUGCAGGCGGAACAGGACAUGUGGGCAAGCUGGUCUGUUUCAGAGGCCCUCCAGCAGUGGCUGCAGCUGACACACGAGGUGGAGGUUCAGUACUACAACGUGAAGAAGCAGAGCGCCGAACAGCAACUUGCGACAGCUAAAGAUGAGGCAGAAAGAAUUAAGAAAAAAAGGAGCACAGUCCUUGGUACACUCCAUGUGGCUCACAGCUCAUCUCUGGACCAAGUCGAUCAUAAGAUCCUGGAAGCUAAGAAUGCAUUUUCGGAGGUAACGGCCUGUCUGCGGGAGCGUCUCCAUCGCUGGCAGCAGAUUGAACUUCUCUGCGGCUUCCCCAUCAUCAGGAAUCCUGGCAUAGGAAACCUCACUGCUCAGCUGUACUCGGACGCCGUCAGCCAGGGCCUGCCUCGAGUGCUGCAGUCGGCUUGUUCAUGCCACAGCUCUGUCCACGGAUCUGUCGAGAACCUCAUAGAUGACCCUGGGUCUCCCAUGUUACCACAAAUCCCAGUUUCAGUUUCACCAGUCAAGUGUUCUCCUCGACGACAUGGAUCCACUGUUUGUAGGCCACGUCGUCCUGGCAUGAUCAACCAUCCCUCAACUGCUUUGAUUUCUCCUGACCCCGACCUUCUGAUCCCCAUCCGACCUACUUAUCCGUGCUAUGAUGAUGGAGAGGAGAUCCUCUUGAAAACACUUAAAAAGCAAGAUUCCCAAGAGAAAUUCUUAGACUGCGACUGCACGGCUUCUGCUCCUUUUGCAAAAAAGUACACAUGCUCCACAGCUGAGCCUUCCCCUCGAAGGUUUUAUCAGGACGAGGCAGAGCUGCUUGCAGACAUCUCAACUGGGAAACCUUUGAGGGAAGAGGCAGAAUCAGCCGUUGAACCUCCAGUGCACAAACAUUUUGCAGAGGAACUUGAAGCUACCACAGAUCCGGAAGGCUCCAGCUGGAAAAUGGCAAAAGCCAAGGGCUUGGAGUCCUCUUUGGGAACUUUUUCUACAGAUGAGCCUGCUGUAAACCCAUCAAGAAUGAUCUUCAGAGACAGGAGUGACGCUUCCAGAGAAGCAGAGUUUUUAUUAAGAAAAGGAGACAAAGAUACAACAAGGGAUUUGAUGGAUGUCCCCUCACAGCAUGUCUACAGAGAGCGGUGUAAUUUACCACUUGAUGCAAGAAGGAUGUUGGUAGAAGCUCCAACAAAUGCUCCAAGAAUGUUAUCAAGAGAUAUGAUGGGGAUUUCGGUAGACAGCAUCCCUAAAAAGAUGCAGAGAGAUCAGUCUGAGCCUUUGUUUGAAUCCAGAAGAAUCACAAGAGACUUGAUGGGUAUGUCCCAUGAUACAGGUUCUUGGAAGCUUGCUCGAAAUAAAGGAGAAUUUCUUCCUGAAUCUACUUUAAGGUUACUAUCAAAAGACAAAAUGGCUGAAACUAUUGGUGCACCACCAAGGAACAUGUCCAGAGAUGAGCUGGAGUAUGACGAUACCACAUCCCUGAAGAUGCCUUCCAGAGAUGUAUUAGAAUCGCCUGUAGAUGAGCAAGAAUCGGCCUCGGAGCCAAUAACUUAUAGAGGAAUACUAAGAUAUGAGCAGGAUGGCUCUGAUGAGUCCCUCAGAAGGAGAACACCAAGAGUGCCAGUAGAUGAGACCAACAUUACAGCAGAAGUUGCCACUGGAAAUGUUGCCAGGGACAAUGUAGAUGUUGCCGGAGCAACGCCCAAGCAUUUACUUUGGAGGGAAGAGCAAUUGACAUUUGAGUCAAGUUCUUUGCCAUGUGGAACCGGCCAACCAGACCUUAUGCUGACCUCUCAGGUGCCAUGGAGAUCCUCCUCCGACCUGUACGCUGCGGGCCCGUUGAGUCAGCUUGUGUACGACGGGAUCCUUGAAAAGUCGUGCAGCUCAGCAGCUUCUACCCCAAUGAUCACCUCUGCCUCAACCCCCAACCUGCACGCCAAGGUGGAGUCACCAGCGCCGCUGCAAAAGCCUACCUUCACGUCCGGGGAAUCGUCACCCAAAGAAGACAAACACAAAGAGAAGGAGAAAAGCAAGAAAUCCUUGAAGCUUAAAAAUCUUUUCAAAAAGAAAAGCGACUCACCUCCGGAGAAGUUUGAAAGCGGGCUUCAGAAACUCUGACGAUCCACCUUCAAAGAUGGUCUUUCUUAAGAUGCGUUCACAACAAACGCGAUUCACGUGGCAGGGUAGCCAGUUUCAAUGUCAAGUUGCUAUCAGAGGUCCUGCAGUGCGAUUUGAGCGAUGAGACGGCGUGUUUUGAGGGGGGGGCGCAACAAUGCAGCACAGCGAAAAUUGUGACGCAUGAUGAAAAUUAAGCCAAGCAAGUUUAAAUAUCUGAAGUUUGACCAUGGAUUUGCAUCUCUUCAACCAAUAAGGGACUUGGCUUUGACAUUUGACGUGUGGAGCCCAAAACCAACAUAAAGGAGAAUCUGAUCAUUCUCCUCCCAGUCUUAUUUUAUCUAUUUUUCUUAUUUAAAUUUAAAAAAUAAUAAAAAAGGUCCCCUAACUGUAUUCUAUUGUGGGACAAGAAGUUGUCAAAGAUCCUCAAACCAAAAACGUUUGCAAAUCAUAAAAACCCGCUAUAAAACCUAAGGUCUUUGGAACGCCAUCCCUUUGUCCGCACGACAGAUUGACCCUGUUGUUGAGUGUUUUAAACAAGUCAAUAAUUUUAUAUUCAGAAGAGUUUUUAGUUGAUCUAAUUUAGCCUUUUACUGUGAUUUAUUUUGUUUUUAUUGUCUCUACUUAGUUUAGUCGGUGGCGUGUGUCUGAUGACUGGUUGUAGUUUUCUGUGUUUGUACCAUUGUAGGCACUUUGUGAUUUUGCUCCAGAAAAGGUGCCAUAGAAAUAAACAUUUACUCACUUAAUGCGGAUCAGCAAGUCGUCAAACUGGGUCACAAAGACAGAAGUACCUCUGAGAGCGACCAUCAUUCAGACGCAGCUCCUGCAGUAAAUGGUGACUCUCAUCGUAGCGGGAGAGUCUCUGAAUUAUCCCAGACAUGGUGCCAGGUUGACCUUUUGUAGCUCUCUUACAAAUCAUUCAUGUCUUCCAAGAAUUGUUAAUGAGAUACACACAGACACUGCUCCAUGUAGCGAUGAGGCUAAAAAACAUUUGCCGGUAGCUCCUCCCACACACAGUGGGAGCAUUAGGUAUAUGACUGCACUUGUGGACAAGAGUCCAGCCAAGAAUUCAUUGUGCAUCUAAACAGAGGCAGAGGCGAAUUCAGUGCAAACGUGAGAAAACAAUGAAUUAAAAUGGCUAUAUCAGGAAAUCCUAGGGAAUUCCGGGGUUCUCACAAAUCAAUGGAUUGACUCUUUUGUAGGUGAGCACAUUCAAAUGCAGCUUCAGUUCCACAGAGAAGCUGUAGAACUCAAUCAAUAAAACAACGUUGUGUCCACCUGAAGGUCACCCGGUGAGGUUAAGGGGUGUUUUCUUUCUUCUGGCGCUACAUCUUUGUGAUAGAUGCUUUCACACCAGAAAGCAGGAGGAUUGAAAUCUCUGCUAGGACAUUUUAGUGUUGAGUUUGUGUGUUUUCCUUAAGCUUGUGUAGAUUUUCUGGAAGUAUCUCAUCGUUGUUUGACAUCGCAAAAUCAACAAUGUUCAGAUAAUUGAAAAUUCAAAAUUGUCUGUAGAAGUUAUCUUGUUUGUUUUUUUAACAAAGAGAACAAGAAAGGGAGGAUAAAGGUCUUAUAGUUGUUUGUGGUUUGUGCAAUGGAAAAAUGAACGAUAAAACACUUAUCUUGUUUUGUAUUAUGAAGUCUUACAUUUUCUGUUUUUUAUGCUUUGCCUGAAGCUGAAGUGUAACCUGAAGUUUUAAGUUUCUGUAUAACAGAGUAAACACUGUACAUAAUAAAAAAAAUUACAAAAUUAAAUCUCUUGCACAUAAUGGUUACGUACGUUUUUAAAUAAACACCAAAAAAUCUAAGAAAUGUUAA